AUGGAUCUGGAAUUCAACGAUAGAAUCGGCCUUUUAAGGCUACGUCGUAUUGAGCAGUUGAACGAGAGACUCAAGCAGCAGCUCAAGAAAGAGCGUAUCCCUGCCUCCAAGGCUGCGGCUCUCAUUGUGGAGCAUACAGAGGAAACGAAGGACCCGUUAGUGCCAUAUCUCUGGCUGGAAUCUGCAGACCAGAACAAGUUUAGAUCUCACCAGAACAUGAAGCUGGGAAGACAGAGCUCGGGAGGUGGUGUUUUGGAUGAUGGAGAUACUGGAGGAGUUGCAAGACAACGUAUCAAAAGAAGAUAUCAUGGUCUUCCAGGAAGGCCCGAUGGCCGGUCUCAUGCUUAA